AUGACUGAUCAAGCAACUAUUAUUUCUGAUACUACUUCUAAGCAGCAGCAACAACAACUACCACAGCAACAACAGCUGUUACAACAACCGCAGCAGCAGCAGCAACAACAACAACAACAAUCGCAUGAUCAUCACGUGGAAAAUUAUCAUGCGUCACCUGCCGACGGUGUACAGAAAGAUGAGAAGGGUUAUACCGUUGUUCCAGCAAGUGUUAGCUUUCGCGGUGUAAGCAUGAAGUUAGAUCUGAAAAUUGAUCAGAAAACGUUGGCUGCUGCAACGAAUUUCUCGAAAGUUGUAGAGGAAGCUGUUUCCACUCAUCUUUCAUCAUCGGUUAUACCGGUGGAGAACGAUGAAGUGGGCAGUUCACUGAUACCACACAUUCCACCUACGUCUACAACAACUACUGCUCACCCCUACCAUUCAGUAUCCUCAUUUACAGUCAUGGAGCCUGCUAAUAGUACCAAAGAGCCACCUAUCUGCGAUAGCUCAGUCGAGAGUAGUACUACACUUUUGGGUAGAAAUGAGUUAUGUGAGCAAGUGAACGAAGUAUGUAGUUCUACCGUAGAUGCAAGCCCAUUUUGCGAUACUGCUUGCUCACCUAUACAACUCGAAUUACAAACCAAAUUACCACAUGGUAUCAUGAACAGUUACAUGAAAUCUCCAGAUGAUACACCUCCUGCUUCGUCUGAAGAACAAAAUAGAAUUGCAUCGCAUUCAUUAGUCAAGGAAGAACUGACCAAUUUAGUGGCCAAUACUGCUGCACCGGAUAAUAUCUAUCUUACGCCAUGUGCAUCAACUUCAUCAGCUGAAAUAGAUGCUACUGCAUAUUCACCACUACUGGCUAAAAGACGAAAGGAGAAGUCAACUACAGCAUCUCAUCUUUGUGAACAGAUUGAUCCAGAAAAAGGGCAGUGUCGACAACGAGCUAUCGUAAAUUAUCGUUACUGUAUUCGUCAUAUACUUCUGGAUCCAGAAGCACCUUAUAUACAAUGUCAACAUCAACGUAAGCCGAAAAGCAAAAGAGAUACCAAUUUGCUUUGUACGAAUGCAGUACGAAAAGACAAAGGAACAAUUUACUGCAGUACGCAUUUGAUCAUGAAUGGAUUAAUGGAACCAAGAAAAAAGAAAGCGAAAGCAGGUGCAGUGAUUGUUGAGAGCACAGAACUUACUUCUUGUAAGAACAAUGUUUGGAAUCGGUCCAUGAUUACUGGGAAGUCGAACUUUACAACUUCAUUGUCACCAGCAUUAGUGGAUACGUACGAAGAAAUGAAUUGUACGUCUCGCGCAAUAGAACAAACUUGUAUAAGGAAUGAUGGUGUCGUCUACAAUAAUGUCUUGAAUAGUGCCGUGAUAGCUGUUGAUUCGGUGACCAACAAACGAACGGUGUAUCAUUUCUCAAAAACAUCAGUAGCCAAUACUUUACCUAUGGAGGGAGGUAUCGUUACCGUGGCAACAGAGACAAGGAAUGAAGUGACAGCGGCUUAUGAUAAUGGUAUAUCAGCUGAAGAUGACGAAUAUAGGCUACCAAAAUUACCUGUACAUAAGACUAUCAUGCCUCUUCCUGUUAUAUCAUCUUAUGGCGGAGUACGAUCAACAUAUGAGUGUCCUGUGCAAGCAACAACUAGUCAGGUGAUUCGUCGAAAUCUACCUCAGUUAUGUCCACGCACGGCUUCUCAAGUGGUCACACCAGCUAUUAUCAAAACGCGUGAUGGUGUACAAAUUCCGUGUGCCCAAUCGGCAAUUGUGAAACAACGCGUAACUGCCAAUCUCAGCAAGCAACAUCCGCAGCUCGCUGCUAAACUUCUUCAGGCUCCAGCAUCUACGGCGGGACAAGGCGUUGUAUCAUCACUAUCAGGUGCUCCGAUAUGCUCGAAUUUUGCAAAAAGUGUCAUUCCACCAUCACUGUUAAUUUCCGAACCCCGUAAUUUGCUGCCCACUACAGCGCCUCGUUUAACUUCUCUUCAGGAACCUCCUCGUUUUUAUAAGACACCUGAAGAUGACAAAAUUAAAUCAACCAUCAAGCAGGAAAAAAACGAUGUGCCGCAAAAGCCAAAAGUUAUACAACUAAAGCAGAAGCGCAGGCGAAUGAAAAUGACGGGGGUUUACCGAAAAAUACCUCAAGUAGAUCAGAUGUGUAGAGUUUUAGAGGAUCAGGAUUUUGAUCGAACCGAUCUUUUUCCUCGUGGACUUGAGCCAUCAGAUGAUGAGGACGAAGAAAAUGAUUAUCUUGAUCUCAGAUGGUCGGAGAUGGCCUGUAAUACCGUUUCAGAUCCGGCGCCUCAGGGAGCAUUGCAAGUCUAUCUAGUAAAAAAGCAGAUCAGAUUAGACAAGAAUGCAUUGAUGAAAGAAGCUGUUACGAAUGCUCCGAUAAUGCACGCCUGCAAACAAUAUCCGAAUAGUGUUGGCGCGGCACUAGCCGAUCGUGCAUCCAGUUACGGGAGUGCCACGAGUGCUGUAUUCAGUCAGAAAAAAUGCACUAUUACGAUAUUGAAAGGUGGUUCACCUCCCAUUCAAUGCACAAAUAAUUGUCUUCCAUUUUCCAAUCAUUGCGCACAACACAUCUCCUACAAUUUGAAUCAGAAAUUAUUCAGUUAUUGUGCUGAGCCGUGUUGCUCACAACCUGUUCUUUGUGUGGAUGCACCGAAAACUUUGAAAUUGUGCGUUCAUCAUUACGAGCUAAGAAAGAAGAAAAAAUCCGAAGAAGAAUUAGCACGGGAAAAUAGUCAUCAGUCUUGGAAACAACAAACACCAAUAUGUUACGUGCAGCAGCAGCCGAUGCAAUCGUAUGAGGAUGAUAUUCGUAUGAAUAUUCAGCAUUCGCAUGAUAUUGGAACAGAAAGAUUAAAUUCUGUUGGUGUGAGUGACUUCUGCGAACUUGAAAUGGGGUCGGCUUCGAGUGGAAAUGAAUCGGAUGUAUAUUUGGCUUCUUUUGCUAAGGAUCUAGAAUUCAAUUUUGAUGGUAGGGAAAUAAAUGAUAUGUUGGCAAAUUUCAAUGUUGCUGAUGGUGAAGGUACUGAUAUAUUACACGAUCAACCAUUUUCAGAUGGUGUGAAGGAUGAAUUUUUGCAACUGCCAACAGAAUUUAAUGAAAUGGCUGGUGGUCAUAAUUGGCUUGACGUGGAGCAAUUUCUGAUUUCGGAAGGUGUUGAUUUGUCGUCAUCAUCUCAAUCCAGCAGUAUAUCCGCUGUUUCGGUGCCACAGCCACUAAGUAUAGUUAACGAUGGAGUAGCAUUCUGCGAAUUCUCGGCAUCAUCACAUCAGACACGAAGCUAA